AAAGUGUAUUUUGUUACUACAUAUUACAUUAUAUGUCACCAAUAAAUAAAUUCAAUUCUGAUAUUUUUUUAUUUAUUUCAGGAAAACUGGUUUCAACUAAAUGGAAUAAUAUACGAGAUUCAUGGCUUAAGACGGUGAAAAAACAAAAAGAUGAGUCUAAAUCUGGAUCUUCGGCCAAAAAGACACGAAAUUAUUUAUAUCACGAGCAAUUAAUGUUUUUGAAAAAGGUCUCCGAACCUCGACCGCCUCAUGAGUCGGGUUCAAAAAAAGCAAGAACCGAGACUGAAGUAGGCAUGGAAUCAGAUUUUCGUUCAUCUUUAAUUAAAGAUAAAAGAACAAUUGAUAAUAAAGAAGUAAAUGAGAAGAUGUCAAAGUUUUUGGAUUCCAGAAUGAACCCAGAAAAAGAAAACCAUCAUCUUUCUUUUUUCAAAGGCAUUAUACCAGUCUUGAACACUUUAACUAUCGAAGAGACUUUAGAAUUUCAAGCCAGCGUCCUGACAAUGUUGCAAAAAAUUAAAAGUAGGAAUUAUGAGAGAGAGAAUUACGGACAUUGGCGUCAUUAUAAUCAGAUGACCGGACCAGAUCAGUAUACUCGCUCUGGAUACUACACACAUCCUAAUCAACAGGCGACACCUACGCAAGAUCAACACUCUGGAUACUCUACAACACCUAUACCAUCAACUUCUUCCCAAAUUCCAGUGAAUCCAGUUUCGCCAACAGCAUCUACUCAUUCCAUAUACUCCCAAGAGUCAGAAUAUUUAGAUUUUGAAGGGUUUUAAAUUUGAGUACAAAUAAAUACUUAAGUGACUAAUUUGCAUUUUUAAUUAAUAAUUAUUUAUUGUCAAAAGAACACACACACACACUUUACCUUAA